GAUUUCACAGCUCCAGCGGCAGGGAAACACACCCGUCAGCCGCGCGCAUUGGAGACGCACACAAAAAAAAGGCGCAUCGCGGACAAAGGGAAUAUGGGUGGGCUGGAGAGGCUUCACUUCAGCCCGGAAACACAAUGGAUGAGCCGCUUCUGUUUCAUUCACCGGGAAACCAAUUAGCCAACCUUAAUGAGGUGCUGGGAUGCAAGAUACUGCAAGCUAAAACGGCGGAAGGUUGCGCGUAAUCCGUCCGCGGAUCCUGUGAGCUUGCGAUGGCUGUGGCGGGGACAUGCAACUGGAUAGGGAACAAUGUGCCUUUUUAUUUUGUGAUAUUUUCAUUAUUGUGUGGCCUUUCGUGUGGACAAUUGCGAUACUCGAUUACGGAAGAACAGGAAAACGGCGCACUGGUCGGCGAUGUGGCGCAGGACUUGGGGCUGGACAUUCGACGGCUCGCCACCCGAAAAAUGAAGGUAACCUCCAACAGCGGCAAGCGCUACGUGAUUGUCAACCCCAAAAAUGGGAAAUUGCUCGUCAAUGAGAGGAUCGACAGGGAGGCACUGUGUGAUCUGCCCAGCACCUGCCUCAUUAAUCUGGAGGUGCUGGUCGAAAACCCCACGGAGGUGCAUCACGUCGAGGUGGAGAUUUUGGAUGCCAAUGACAAUGCGCCGCAGUUCCCCAGAGACGAGUAUCAACUGGAAAUCACAGAAUCCGCUUUGCCGGGGUCCCGUUACCCGAUUGAAAACGCCCAGGACCCAGACAUUGGGUCCAAUUCGGUUCGUAUAUAUCAGCUCAGCACAAAUGACCAUUUCGCGCUGGUAUCUAACAAACCCUCCCUGAAUACAAAGCACAUCGAGCUUGUGCUCAAGAAGCCCCUUGAUCGUGAGCAGACGCCUUACCACCAAAUCAUUUUAAGUGCUGUGGAUGGAGGGACGCCAGAGAAAACCGGCACUGCUAAAAUCAAUGUCCGGGUCCUGGACUCAAAUGACAAUGUCCCCCUCUUCGACAGCUCGGUGUACAAGGUGAAGCUGCUGGAAAAUUCACCCAAAGACACCCUGGUAAUCAAACUGAAUGCGACGGAUCUGGACGAGGGAACGAACGGAGAGGUUUAUUACUCUUUCAGCAGCUACACCCCAGAGAGGGUGCGGCAGAUGUUCAGCAUGGACACUAACACGGGGGAAAUAAGAGUGAGGAGCAAUGUUGACUACGAAGAGACCAACUCCUACGAGAUGUACAUCCAGGCGAUGGACAAGGGGCCUGGGGCCGUGGCAGCGCACUGUAAGGUCGUGGUUGAAGUGGUGGAUGUGAACGACAAUGUCCCUCAGAUAGUGCUGUCCUCCCUGUCGAGCCCAGUGAGGGAGGAUGCCCGUGCAGACACAGUCGUGGCCCUCAUUAGCGUUACCGAUCGAGACUCCGGCGCGAACAAGCAGGUGAGCCUAGAGAUCCCAGCAGGCCUUCCUUUCAAGAUCAAGUCAUUCAGAAAUUACUACACUCUGGUUACCUCAGCCUUCCUGGACCGCGAGACCACUGAUGCCUACAACGUCACUCUGAGUGCCACAGAUGGAGGAAAUCCUCCCCUCUCCUCCCAGAAGACCAUCCAGGUGGACGUGGCCGAUGUUAACGACAACCCACCGCGAUUUGAGCAGACUUCAUACACCGUCUAUGUGACGGAGAACAAUGCCCCGGGGGCCUCCUUGUGUACCGUGAAAGCUCAGGACGCAGACAUCAAAGAGAACGCUCGCAUCACCUACACGGUGCUCAAUGACAACAACCAUGGCAUCCCUGUCACCUCGUAUGUGUCUGUGAAGGCCGAUACAGGGGAGGCUUAUGCCCUGCGAGCCUUCGACUAUGAGUCACUGAGAGAGUUUCACUUCCAGGUCAAAGCCCAAGAUGGGGGCAUUCCUCCGCUCAGCCGCGUCGCCACUGUCUACAUCUACAUAAUGGAUCAGAAUGACCACGCUCCACUGAUAGUCAACCCUCCUGGCAACGGCACGCGCUCUUUGGAGACGGUGCAAAAGAACGCAGAUCCCGGUGCCCUGGUGACCAAGGUCGUGGCGUAUGACGCAGAUGCCGGCCCAAAUGCCUGGUUGGUGUACAUGCUGGAGACGGCCACUGACCUGGACCUGUUCAAGGUCCACGAACACACCGGUGAGAUCAGAACCACACGGAGGAUCCUGGAGGACAACUCCACCUCCUUUGCUCUGACCGUCUUAGUGAAGGACCACGGGCUGCCGGCUCUCUCCUCUACUGCCACCAUCAACGUGGCUGUCAUGGAGGUGCCACCCAAAGUGGUCCCCGACCCCAAGAGGAUCAUCCGACCUCACAGCACCCUGCUCUUCUCCAACGUGACUCUCUACUUGAUUGUGGCCCUGAGCGCCACCACCUUUGUGUUCCUGGUCACCGUGGUGGUACUGGCAAUCGUCCGCUGUCACGCCUACUGCACCCAGCCAGGGUCCUGUUCCCCUUGCUGCGUGUCACAGAAACCCCCUCCAGAUGGCGGGAGCAGCAGUGUGAGUGCUGGCGGGGGAGGCAGCGGCGGGCCCGGGCCGCAACCUAAUAAUAACGUGAUGCUCCGUAGAGACCUUAAAGUGGAGCCUCACUACAUAGAAGUGCGGGGGAAUGGCUCCCUUACAAAGACCUACUGCUACAAGACCUGCCUGACAGCCACGUCUGGCAGUGACACGUUCAUGUUCUACAACACAGGACGUCCCAUUAGCGGCACCUGGGGCAGCGGUGCCGACCGUUUCUUCACCAGUGGAAGUGGAUUUGUACGCAGACUGAGUAUGCCUGAUGCCUCGAUGCAACUCUGCCCAGAGCCAAAAGCCCCGAAUGCUGACUGGCGAUAUUCUGCAUCUUUGAGGGCAGGGAUGCAGAGCUCGGUCCACAUGGAGGAGUCCUCCGUGAUGCAGGGAGCCCAGGGGAUGCUCGUCCAGAACUGGCCCACCGUGUCCAGCGCUGCAGAUGGAGAAGGUGGUGGAGAGCUUUCACCCCCAGUGGGCGCCGGCGUCAACAGCAACAGCUGGCACUUCCGAUACGGUGCCGGACAAAGCUACGGCCCCCCUCAACCCAUGAAGCCUGGAGAGAUCCCCCCCGAAGCCUUCAUCAUCCCCGGAUCCCCGGCCAUCAUUUCCAUCCGCCACGACGCAGGCCCUGUGGAUGACAAAGGUGACUUCAUAAGCUUCGGCAAGAAGGAGGAGGCCAAGAAGAAGAAAAAGAAGAAGAAGGACAAGAAGGACAAGAAGGAUAAAGGGAAGGACGACGGGGAUGAUUAGAGGAGAAUGGGGCGACUUGAAAGCAGAGCUACCAUCAAAGUAUCAUCCCAAAUUUUAGAGCCGGCAAUAAAAAAUCUAAAUGCAUAUUGUCGAAUUCGAGGGAGCCUCUUUGCACCACAUUUGCAUAGACACUGUACAGUGGUCAAACCCUCAUUAGACCAGGCCUUGGCUCCCCGCACCGCGCAAACUUGCGAAACAAAUGUUUGUCUCUCCGUCUCGGCUCAUUUGGCCCAAAACGUUGGCCAAAGUUUAUGGUCCAAAAAUGUUCUUAGUAGCUAGAUUUCAUCUAAAGGCUGGACCAAAUUAAAACAGAAAGCAAUUUAAUGGAUUAGAAUAGCCCCUGUUGUGAUUCCCGGUUUGUAUAAUGAAAAACAAAGACACCUGAAGAGGUGUACGACUCGUAUCUGACCAUUGUCAGCUGAGGUUGCCCGUGUUUGGCAUCUCUGUCUUUAUGCAGCCCCCCCCCUGCUUUUUGACUCGCCUAGUUGGAGGUGAGGUCGAAGCCAUACUUAAGGAAGAAGAACAAAAUUGAGGAAAAUUAAACUGAGGCUUUUGUCCUCGGUGUUAUGAAGGCCUUGUGGUCUUUUGUAAAAAAUACAAAAAUUUAAAAAUGGAAAAAGUGACAACAUACAGUAUAUGUACCAUGAGAUUAGCACCUUCAAGAGAACGAGGUGCCCUGAGAUGAACAGGACCACCCUCGAACCAAGAGCUCUGUUUCAGUGUAACAUAGCACAUUGCAGAGGAUGAGGACCUGGACUGGGUUGCACCAACUAUGCGCAAGUUUGUUCCCAGGUUAAGGUCAAAAAAAAGAAGAAGAAAAGGAGCGGCUUCAUAACUGCUAGUUCAUUCGCAGUUAGCGAGUUACUAAUUUCGACUGUACCGCGGAUACUAAGGGGGAGGGAAUUCUACGGCUGUAGCGAGUUAGAACAUUUGAGAGGAGUAGCUAAUCAGUAAGAGCAUUGCCCUGCUGGUGGAUACAAACCACUUUGAUUUGUCGUAGAUUGGCAUUAAAAUUACAUUAUUUAAUUGGUGAAUACAAUCACAAUGUGACACUUAAAGAACAAUGGUAGUUUUUUGCAUGUUUUAGUCCAUUCUCCACAAAUCGUAUUAAAACCAAACAUCACUGCUGACAGUUUUCCAAAGCUUUAGGAACUUUGAUGUGUAUUUUCCAACCUUGCCGGCCACCGUCGUAUCCUUAUUCACUGUACUAUAACAAUAAAAUCAUCAUUGUGCUGUGACGUAGCUCGAGUGCGGCUUAAUUCUAAUGUCACUUUGGCAGAAUUAUGGUGGAUUAAUGUACAUACAAAAUGUCAAGAAAGUGCCGGCACAUUGAUUUGUAUGGAACAGAAUUGGAACCAGAUCGUGCCUGGUGGGGGGAAGAAAUGGAAAGACACAAUGAAAAUAUAAGAAUUCAAGAGGAAAACAGUUGUCAGUACUGUGUGGACAAUGGACAUAAACAGUCAAAAUCAGUGGUAUAAUCCUUUAAAUAGCAAAAAGGGGAUUAGUAAAGAAAAAAAACAUGCUGUGUGCAGAUAAUAAUCCUGCUUUACCGUUACUGAGUGCAAUUGUGUGACUUUGUAUCAUUUGCACCUGCUUCAUCGCUUGCUUGACUACUUAGUUGUUACUUGAGGUUAUGUUGUAAGAGAUUUUUGUGUGGUGCCACCGCUUAUACUUUAGCAGUGCAGUGAACGGGGAAUGGUGGCUUCUUCGGAUAUAACUAGGGAACCUACGUGCAGCUGAUGCAACCGGCCCCCGACCUUGACUCCUCUCUCGGAAUAUGGCACAGGUCAAACGGGGUCUUAAUCCCAACCGUGUGUCAGCGCGCCCAGUCUGACGCACAGUGACACACAGACAUCAUUGUACACAAACACUGACUCUCUCCGCCUCUAUGCGCGCACACGCACACGCGCACACGCACACACACACACACACACACACACACACACACACACACACACACACACACACACACACACACACACACACACACACACACACACACACACACACACACACACAACGUCUCUUCCUCUCUUACAAACAGUACAUACAAUAUUGAACUACACAUACUACUAAACGAUCCUAAAAAAAACACUCCUUUCUGGAAACUCCCAAAUCCAAGACUGAAGGCCAGUGCCACUUUGAAGAUGGGAGUGUAUUAUAUGGCCGGGACGCGGGAAGGUUGCUUUGUCGCUUCGUUGCUGUUUUCAAGCCCGACCCCUCUACUUCUGUCUUUGAAUGUUAAAUGGUCGUUCUUCAAGCCCUGCACCACAGCCUCGACUGCUUCAGUGCUUGUAGGAUUCGCUUUGCCCCGCUGCCCUUUCCUCCCUCUUCUCCCCCCGUUGCUUCAGAUCAACAUGAUCGGACGCCAUCUUUCAACGUCGCUCUGCCCUCAACGGACUGUGCGGUUUUUCGCGACGCGGCGACAUUUGUGUAUUUUGCAUAUUUACACACACACACACACACACACACACACACACACACACACACACACACACACACACACACACACACACACACACACACACACACACACACACACACACACACACACACACACACACACACACACACACACACACAUCUUUUUUGUUAGGUUCAAGUUCAACGGAGCUUGGGUGCUUCAGCCAGAGUGUCUCGUCCUGAUCGCUCGUUGUCGACAGCUCUUGUCUUCUCUCGCAUGGCUCCUCGUGUGUUGCAUUGUAAAGGACUUCUGACAGGUUGGCUCAACUAAAAAUGUGCUGUGAUGUAAUGCGACAAGAUGAAGAGGGCGGAAGAAGAGUCAGGAAAAGAAGCAGUCUUUGUAGUGUAGUGUGCAGCUCCAACAUUGAAGACUGGGAAAGUCAUUCCUCUUUUGCACGCACAUUGGUCCUCCAGUCAUUCCUGUGUCGGCCAUUAGUGACAACUGAGCAACUUGGGUCAAAUAAAACCGCGCACAAAGUGCAGCGCGGCUCGGCAGCAGCAGCAGCGGCCGGGAAGGGGUUGGUGGGCGACUUGGAAAGGGAGAAAUCGUCUUGAGAGUUAAUGGAGGAGAAACGCGCCGUUAACAUUGUUUGCGGUGCUCCGUUGAAAGGUAUCAACAUUUAUGAAGAUGAGAAAAAAAAUAUCACGGCUGGCAAAGCACUGGCAGACCCUUUUAAAUGAUUCAUUAUUUUUGCUCAACUGCUGCGCGUGAACAUUCAGAACGAAGGCCGCGUCAAAGAAAAGUUGCCGUGACCCAGUAAACUUUGUUUGCCCCCCCCCCCCGACGUUGUGAGGCCUGCAACUGGGAUGGGGAGGGGUGUGUUGAGAAGUGUAUUAUUGCAGGCAGUGGGUGGUGGAACAGCAUCAACGUGAUGGAAAGUGUCGUGAAAUUUCACCUCAGUGUUCCUUUUUUUUUUAAACAUCGUAUUACCAGUCACAGUAGGGGUGUAUAGGUGCUGCUAUCAGGCUCAAUCCCUCUCAUGCACACGUUUCCGACCCCCGACCCCCCGCCCGUCCUCCAGGUGUACUUCUGUGCUGUCAGAUCACCAAGUGGCUGUUUGCAUGUUAUAAGCAAAAGGAACCAGAUACUAUAUAGAUAAUAUAUAUAAACAUAGAUAUGUUUUUUCCACUGGGAAAUGCGUAUUGGAAUACAUAUACCUCUGAUACACAUUCUCUAAAGACAACACGCACACAUUGAAAGACCCACAGUCAUCCAUACACACACACAAACACACGCAUACAAGUACUCUACUGCGAACAGUAAUUUGUGGAAAAAACCUGAAAGAAUCACAUUUUUCUAUCCUGUUGAAAAUGAAUUUAAUCUUCUAGAUAUACAUAAUGCUAUUGUGUUAUGCUAAGAAAUGCCUUUGUUUUUACCCAGAUUUUUUUCUCUCAUUGUAAGUAAAGCGACUCUUCAACUUGUGUUAAGCUUUGAAAUGAUGAUCAAACAAACACUGUUGUGACAUUAAAUCAUUUACUCACCCUCCAUAUCUAUUCUUUGCCCGGUAGAGAAAAAAAAGCAGAAAAAAAGAUGGGAAAAAAAAUUUAAAAUAGAUAAAAUUGUAUAAAAAAAUAAAUAAAGUUGAUGUGUUCUCUGCUUGUGUAUAGUGAAUGUUCUUCAGUCGCUGGAAGUGGCCGCGAGUGACACGUGCCAGUCGACUGUGACAGUGCAGAUCUGUUGAUAACUUUUUUUUUGUACACCUGCUGAUCAUUGUAAAGGUGAUAAUAGUGAUUCUUAUGAUUUCAUCAAUCUGGUAAUGUGUUUUGUUUAUAAGUCACAAAUAAAAAAUUUCUUAAAUAUCUUAAA